CGUCAGAUUCUCCGGAACCAUGGUUCCACUGUCAAUUUUUUAUUUGCCAUCCUGUCCUGACCAGCUCUGGGUUCCACACAGUCUCAUCCAAUGGGCAUAGAAGUCUUUUGUCUGAAAGUAAAGUGACCAAAUCAUAUAGCUGAUCUCUUGCCAUCAUCUGUGCCAAGGGCAUUAAUGCAUGGAGGUAUUUACCAAAACAACAACACUACCUUGUGUAUAUUAUUUAUAGGGAUUACGUGUUAUGGUAGUAAGAAUUGUGUAUAUGAAUGUUUCUUUGCCUGUAUCAGAAGACUCUCCUAGUCUCUCCAUUAAGCUAUUGUGAGCAAGGAGCAAGACUCCAGCAUCAAAGGAAAAUAUUUGUUGUUUUAAAGCAUUGUUUGCCAUUUUAUUUAACCUGUAUCUAGCUUUCUAAUUUUUUUCAGUUGCUCAGUUGAAUGAAACAUAUGGCUACGUAAACACCGCUGUUAAUGAAACUGAAAUUGUAGGCUGUCCUUCAGUUCAAAAGUGGUGUUACUACAUUCCAGCAAUGACCAUAGCUCAGUUUCUCCUUGGUUAUGCCUUUACAGCUGUUGGUUAUCCAAUUGCUGUCACACUCAUCCAGACAAUAUUUUCCAAGAUCCUUGGACCACGGCCUCAGGGUGUGUGGAUGGGGUUAAUGACAGGAGCAGGAUGUCUGUCACGUGUCAUGGGACCAGUAUUUGUCAGUUUUGUCUAUACUCGUUAUGGUACCAUAUGGACUUUUGGAAUUACCACAGCAAUGAUGAUUGCAUCCAUGGUGUGGCUUCAGCUGGUAGAAAAACGACUUGUGGCACCAGAUCUACCACCCGUUUCACAAACUCAUGUUGAACUUCAAGUCCUUUCUUCUGAAGUGAUUAAUGGAAAGCCCAGUUUAGAAGAAUAUAAACCUCUGCAGAAAAAGUCUGAUUCAAAUUGCACUUGAUAGGAAAAGAAAUAAUAACAAUUUCUAGCAAAUGUGCAGGGGCACAUGAAGAACAAGAUAUGAUAUGUUGUGAAAUACUUGUUCAAACAAGUUAGAAGUACUGUGAUAAAGAGAUGAUUUCUUUUCAAGUAUACAAUAUUAAUAGGCUGGAUCUGAUAACAAAUUUUAUUCACCAUGUAAUAAGUUAUGAAAUUAAGAUGAAAAUUUACAUAUAUUUUAUCUGGAGACUGUAUGUAUAAACAAAUCUGUAUAAGCCUUAAUUUAUUGAAAAUAUCAUCUUUCUCUUUAUUUAAUCUGGAAUGAUAGGACUCACAUAACAUUAAUAAUGUUAAGCUAUAUUUUAGAAAGCAUUUCUGUUAUAAUAAUCAUGAAGUGGUUCUGUAUUGAGAACUACAGAAUACCAAAAGGAGAGGUAAGGAAUAGCAACUUAAUAGAGAUUUCAACUAGAAACUGCUGUGAAUGUGGAUAUCAGUGUAAGUCUUAAAUAAUGGCUAAAAUUGCCUUUGCACUGCUCUACACUUCGGUCACAGAUGGGUUAGUUCAUAGUGAAGUCUGUGUUGCAGCUUUUUUUUAAAAAAAACUGUACCUUUAUUCAAAUGUCAAAGUACAUCAUUCCACAGACUGAACUGUUACUUGGACUGAAAAAAAAGGCUUGAGAAAGAUUUCUCAGAAACUUGUUUUGUCUGUAACAUUGUGGAAAUUUCCUUACCACAGGUAAUUAUUUCUUCAUACUAGGUUUAGGUUCUUCUGUACUGAUUAUGGUAUUCGGAAAAAACGAAUUAGACAUUUCAAUAUUUGGUAUUUCAGAUGAAAUUACUAUAUGUAUUUUGUUUAUGAUGUCUUUAUAAAUCCAUUUAUAGCAAUAACAAAAUUAUACGACAUUUGAAAACCUC